AAGCUAACCGAUCUUUGCCAUGGCAAAUGCCAAGAAGGUUAGUACAUGGAUUUAAAAUAAUUAUAUUAUUGAUAAUGCAAGCAUGUAGCCGUUGCAAGCUGCAGCUGUGCAAUAUUAAGAAGGGCAUACGGUAAGCAGCUAUCAGGCCCGGCCAGGGGGGGUAGUGGGAUACCAAUAUACCCGCUAUUUUGCCCCCAAGAUACCAAUAUACCUCAAAAUCGUAAAAUGUUUGAUACUAAAUACCUAAAAUUAUUUUGAAACAGAAUACUAAAUACCUGAAAAUGAACAAAUUAGAUCUUAAUAAAAGAGAAACUCCUAGUUCACUGUCCUCUUCCGCUUCCUUUGCGGUCGGCCAGCAUCCAUGGUGAUCGGAUCCUCGUCACCUUGAACGUCAACGCUCUCUGCAAAGGGUUCUUCAUCAGCUUGAUUGAGAUAGGUGGUGUCAGUGGAUCCGUUCACCAAGGCCAGGAGCAGAUAAUACUCCUCCUCAUCUAUUUCAACAGUUUCAUUGUCAACAACUGUAAUGCUACUUACAACCCCCUUUAUGCCCUCUUUUGGGAUGACAUGCUCUUCUCCCGAAGUAGUGAAUAGCAGAGGAUCGACAACAUCUUGGGUGUAAAAGAGAGUUGUUUCAUAACGAGCACUGUCAUAGUCAUCAACCACAUCCUUUAAUAGUUUUGUAAGAUACAGUGGGCUGUUUAGAGCGGAACUAGGUUUGUAUAUUCGGGAAACUACAACAUACGUAGACUGGGCGAUGACAAUGUUACGAGCUGUGUUGGUAUCUUGGUGAUGAACGGGGAUGUCUUCAUUGUGAAGCACGUCAAAGUCAACUGAAGGUUGCUCCGGGGGUGCAGACUCGUACAGGUUCAAUGGCAAGGUGCCUGGCUUGUCUUUUGUUGAAAAGUUCCUCGUGGUAUUCUGUCCGACACUCUUACCGUACUGCUGUACCCACUGACGGAUCUCAUCCAAUUGCUUCUUGGAUAAGCAACCAGACAAAGGCUUCGGUAAUUUCGCAAGGUCGCACAAGUUUAUAUCAACAUCACCUAAAGUAGGCUGAAGGUAGUACGAGGCCACUGGAUUUGUAAAGUACCUCUAGCUCGUACCUGUGACACGUUUUAAUAAUUCGUUAAUACAUCGGGGAAAACGCAAGCAAAUGUCGAGCAUCAUGGGAGUGUCCGUGUUUAAAUACCUCCUCUCAUACUGGAAAAGAAGUUUUCAACAAAGAGAGUUAAAAGGCUUACAACGUCUAAGAAUGAAGUUUGGAUUGAGUCCCAUCACCUUUGUCCUCAGUCUAGUGAGGCCUUCCAGUAUCAUCUUCACGGAGUUCAGUGUAGUAGCAGAUAGUGUUCAGUCUGGUCCUUGGGUCUGGGAAGUUGAGCCCUUGAUACCGUGAACUCUCAACGAGGCUUCUUCGUGAAAAGCGUAGUAAUGCUGGACGCGGGUAAUUGUCUCAUCAAAACUUAACCUUGUGGUUGACCCAGUCAGAUUAACGGCUGACAGAAAGAGCCACAGGUUUUGUAAGUAUUUGAUUAGGGCUUGAACACAAUUUCGAGCAUCCGCACUAUUUCUAGUGAGCAUUAGAGCGAUAAUAAAACUGAGAAAUGAAUUAUACAUUUCUCAGUGAUUUCUGUACCAUAUACCGAAUACCUAAAAUUCAGGAAAAACUGAAUACUUUAUACCCGAAUUUUGACCAAAAAAUACCAUAUACCUGAAUUAAAAUGGCCCGGGAUACCGUAUACCCAAAACCCCUGGCCGGGCCUGAGCUAUUUAAAGGCAGGGUGAUGUACUCAGUCUGUUGGCUUGCAUACGUACAGUAUGAAAUAUUCAGUAGCCAGAGUCACCACGUCACUUUUUUAUCACUUUUGUGCAGUUUAAUUCACACUGAUACGUUCCACUGGCAUGGCUAGAUGAUCCCAUCUUUGUAGAGAACAUUUUAGAGUAACGUCAUGCUAAGAGGUCAUCCCGCCAUCUUGUGUACUGUAUUAUGAAGCCCUCUCAGGUUAUUUAAAUUGGGUGGGUAUUUCCCUGGUCUGAAUUUCAAAACCCGUUGUUUCAUGUAUUGAGAAGAAAUCAAUGUCCCAUUGACAUUUUACUAUUGUUUUUGCGCUUGUCUUCAUCACUGUCCAGUUACAACCCAUCUUUGUGCUGUUUGUCGCCAUUUCAUUGUCUUAUGUUGCUACUUCAAGGACAUGUCACAUGUCAGAAUUUUACCUUAACAAGGCCUCAAUAUGCAUUGACCAUUUAACCUGUUCCCAUCAGUGGCGGAUCCGGAGGAGGCCCCGCCGCCCCUUAUUUUUAGACCAAGCUGAGGCCUCACAGGCCUAAAAAAAAUUUUUUUUAACAUGGGGCCCCCCAUCAUCUCAGGGUCUGGAUGACCGACCCUCCCCCCCCCCUUAUCUGAAGGUCUGGAUCGCCACUGACCAUUCCCCUAGGUAGUCCAAAGGAGAAGUCGCAGGGGUAGGAGACAGGGAUUCCUGGAAUUGCCUCAAGUGGUCUUGUUGUGAGGGUGGACUCUUAGAGAACUUUUCUACAUGUGUUCUCACAUGAAGUGUCCCCUUAGUUAACACAGCAUUGCCAACAGUUGGAGAAUUGUACCAGUUUUCGUGAAGUAAAAGCUUGUACUUAUUUAUAGGCGCACAGUAGAGGAAGUAGAUAUUGAGGGGAAAGGGGAGGGGUGGGUAGUACAUACCUGUUUAGGUUAAUUAAGGGAGUGCCCUCAAUCCCAGGGUGUCCAUACCUGUCUUUGGAGACAACAAAAUUGACAAAAAAUAAUGAUAGUGCUCCUGGGCUGAAACAGUUCUAUAAGCAUUUAAAUUCCCUGCUUCUGACUGUCUAGCCUGCAAACACAGUAGCCUCCCAUGCAGACGUUCUUAGGGCUUGUCAUGCAUUUCUCGUUCAUGAACGUAUGCUGAAAUGAACAGCCACUUCUGUUUGUUGAUACCUACCAACCGGGGCCGAGUUGUUCAAAGCUGGGUUAAGAUAACCCAGGGUUAGUGCGAGAUUUGAACUCAGAUAUGAAAGCUUAAAAACCAUUUCAGUUUUAAUUCUUUUUGUCUGCAAGUUGAUUAUUGAAAGCUUUAAAAAUAACAGAGAAAAUUAUCCUAGAAAAUGCUUUUGAACACAAGAAAAAGAGACCUGGGUUAAAUUUAACCCUGGGUUAAGCGCUAAUCGGCCUUCAAACAACUUGGCCCAGAGAAAUGAAUGUAAGACCUCAGACCCUCUGCAUGGGAGGAUUCCAAACACAGCUCUCUCUCAAAUUUCUUCUGCGUUCUUGCUGAGUGAUAAGAGGCAGCUGUAUUCACGGUUUGUUUGUUUGUUUCUUCAACCUGUUUUAGCUUGGUAUACUGGAACGGCUUAAUGCUGGUGAGGUCAUAGUGGGGGAUGGUGGAAUGGCGCAUGCUUUGGAGAGGCGUGGAUAUGUAAAAGCAGGACCUUGGACGCCCGAGUGUACAGUGGAACACCCUGAAGCAGGUUUGUAAAACAGGAUGAUUUUAUUUAUCUUCUGCAUCAUGCUAUCCAGUGCAUAAAAUUUAUCCUGUGGAUUAAGUGUUAUCAAAGGUUUGAACAACCGGGGCCUGCAGUAGAACAUGAAGGAAUAAGAUCAGGUUUUAUUCCCGCUGGUCACAGUGCAGGUCACUAUGGUAAAGAUAAAUUAAGAGGACUGAAAGUGUCUCCUAGUCCUAAUCACCAUCUAAAAUGAGUUUUAGACCAAGGGAGGAACAUUUCAACUUAUUUUUACCAAUCAGUAAAACAGUAACCUGCACUCAUGACCUAUAUGGGCUAUAUAGGUACGUGCCACGGAAUAGGGUAUGGUUUUUGAGGUUCUCGGUCCUUAAAUAGGGUAUCUUUUUUGACCCUUUUGUUUCUUUGUCCCUGGUGUGGUCCUUAGAUAGGGUAGCUUAAUUGUAUUAUCUAAUACUAGAGUGUGAAAACGCUCGUCUAAACGAAAGGGUUUUUUUUUAAACUAAAUGUAUCCGUUUAAGUAUUAACAAAAUGAUUUUGUAACAGAGGUUUACUAGCCGUUAAGCGGGUAAAUACACGUAAUGCCUCUUCAAGCCACAUUAUUAAUUUUUCCUUGAAUAGGGUGUCAUUUUUCGGCUUUGGGCCUUAAAAAGGGUAUCAGUUUUCGCUUUCUUUGUCCUUAAAUAGGGUUAGGGUUCACAAACCUUCGCGGCACACCCCUAUCCAAAAUUCGCGGGAGUACCCCCGGGCUAGUGUGGAAGGUGGUGCAUAAAAGAAACCUCAGGCAAAGCAAAAAAAUAAUGUUUUAAAAGGUCUUUUCACUUCCUCAGUUCGACAGGUUCACCGAGAAUUUCUACGGGCAGGGGCUGAUGUAAUUCAAGCAUUUACUUUCUCCAUGGAUGAUGACCUGGAAGGUGAACAUGCUAAAUAUGGGGUGCGUAAUUUUAGUAUUUGCUUUGAAAGCUAUUUAACCCUUGAAACCCUAACAUCAAAAUUCAAAUUCUCAUUUGUUAUCCCUAUAUGCUUUUAAUAGUUGAAGUACCAAGUAGAUUCAUCUGGUGUGAUCAAGUACUUCAUUCUCAUGACCACUCUGUUUUAUAAAGCAGCGAUAUUACAAGGAGAAAUUUGACACUCAUCACUCGGCUUAAUGGGUUAAGGUCCUGUCCACAUGUAUCCUGAUACUUUUGAAAAGGGAGAUUUUUUCUCCAUAAUAUUUUUCAGAAAAAUGCACAUCCACAAGUUGCAUUAUUAGAAUCGUUUUCGCCCAUCCAGAUAUUAAACACACUAAAACAAAUGUAAAUAUGAUAGUAGCCCUUACAAAGCAUGCGUAAUACUAUUAGUAUAUAAUGACAUCAUCGUAUUUGAAACCCUCCAUUUUAGUCCAUCCACAGGUAAACUAGAAGCUGCACUCUGAUGGGAACCAUUAUUGAAAAACUAUGUUUUCGGUGCUUGACAAAUGAUGUGUACAUGUGGACAGAAGGCUAAAAUGGAGGGAAAAAAUCAUUGUAUCCAGGUAUUUGUGGACAGGGCCUAAAAUAAAGGUGUAGAUGUCUCUUAUUCCCAGCUGUAACGAGCAAGGAGAGGGGAGGGGGAGGUGGUCAUUAAACAAGCCACACUAAAAUAUUCAGCCAGUUUUCUGAACUUUCUUUCAGGCCUCUAAGAUAAACCAGGCAGCAUGUGACCUGGCCAAAGGCGUGGCCCAGGAGGGAGGGGCAUUUUUUGCUGGAUCAAUCUGUCAGACUGCAUCACUGUAUUCAAGUGGAGCUGGUAAAAAGGCUGUGAUGGAGAAGUUCAGGCACCAGGUGGAAAUUUUUGUUGAAAAAGAUGUGGAUUUGAUUAUUGCUGAGGUGAGCCACUAUACAGAAAUUAUUGUCUCAAAAAAUAAACUGGUCCAUGAAAAUGCUGUUACCUACUCUGGGUUAUGGGCUCUGCUGAUUUUUGUAUAUUCAUCCAGCCAGUAAUAACCAGAGGUGUGGGAGUGCAGACACAUUUCAGGUUUCUGAUCGAAGUUCAAAAAGCUUUUGCUCCAAAUCUCCAAUGCUGGUACUUGGUUAAGUUUCAUGUGAUAGAAGGUCAAAACAGGGGUGAUCAGAUAAUUAUAAGAGAUAGAAGGUACAAAUGCGCAUGAUCAGAUUGCAUUCUAAACAUUCCAUUUUUCUUAGGGGAAGGCCAAACGAACGCUGGUGACAUAGUUAUGUGCCAAGCAUGCAGAAUAGCAACAUGGAGAUUAGCAUUGCAGGCUCCUGUUGUUGCCCACAUACAAUAAUUGAAAUAUAUUUCACUUUGCUGAAUUUAGCAUCAAAUUAAAUAACAUACAAUGUGCAGGGUUGUCAAAAAGUUUUGAAGAAGGUGGCUGAGUUGUCAAAGUAAGCGGCCAGUCCAGGGAUAUUUUAUUUAAAAAACGCCAUCCAUAAAGAAAUGCCAAGCAGAGUAGCUGGCUGAUUCUAAUAAAGUAGGCGGCAAUUUUUGACGGCAGCUGGCCACUUUUGACAACCCUGAUGUGCCCCUUAAUUGUUUUCUCCUGGCAAUUAGUUUUUCAGUAUAGUUGAGGAAGCUGAGUGGGCAGUAGAGGCACUGAAGGCCAUAGGGAAACCAAUGGGCAUCACCAUGUGUAUAGGUCCUAAGGGGGAUAAGAAUAACGUACCUCCAGGAGACUGUGCUGUCAGACUGGCAAGAGCAGGUAUGAUGUUGUUGAGAUGGUUAUAAUAAAUCCUUGUAGAUCUCCAGUGUUGGGAAUUUUUCUGGUGUAUCUUUAUUUCUAACUGGAAACAGGCUUACUGCAGCCAUCACUUAUUCCAGCUGUCACAAUAAUAACCAUUUUACCAGUCAGAUCGGGUACCUACUUGACACAGCUCCCCCUGAACUUGAUUUAAGUCUGUCCUAUGUUUAGCCUGCGAAAACAUCCGUUUCUCCUCGCUCUUCGCCGCCGGGGAUGUUUUGAAACGUCCCAUCGGCGAAGAGCGAGGAGAAACGGACGUUUUCGCAGGCUAUCCUAUGUUCUUCUAGCCUGCACAACAGACUAAACUCUGGUCAAGUCCCUCUGUGAAACAGCGCCAAAAUCCUUGUCCUGGGUCCCCACCUGUGUACUAGGAUUUGAGUAUGUACCAUGAUUGGCCUGUUUAAAAAGCCAUUGUCGAUUUUCCUGUCAGGAUGCAGGCUAGAAACUAUAGGUUGAGCUCUAUAGCUGCAUACAUGAUCCUGCUUGAACAGCAUGACAAAAGUGGAGUCCAAUGGUCUAUGGGUAUAGUGAAGUACUUACCUUAUCUUUUGAUAUUGCGUACAGUAAAGUUCUUAAAGUAUUUAUAACAUCUCUUGUAGGAGCUGAUAUUAUUGGAGUCAAUUGUCGCUUUGACCAUAACUUGAGCUUACAAACAAUAGGACUGAUGAAAGAGGCAUUAGAUAAAGAAGGGCUUACAGUUCACCUGAUGAUGCAACCAGUUGGUUAUCUAACACCAGAUGCAGGUCCUAUGGGACUUGCUGCCCUGCCAGAAGCCCCACUUGGUAAAGUUUAAAAAUGCUCUCUCUUAUUGGUUGAAAAGGCAUGCUUUAUGAGAGUAUAAAACACAGAGUUUAAGCUGUAUCAUCAUCUCCCAAUAGUUUUUUUUGAAAAUUAGUAAGUAAUGUGUGGGGAAUUUAAAUGAAAAGCCUUGACUGUGCUCUGUGCUGUUGUUCUUCGCAUGCCCUAAGUGUACGUGCCAACUCUCCCGGAUUAUCUGGGAGUCUCCCGGAUACGGCACCCAUCUCCCGCUCUCCCGUACCGGUCACCAUAUCUCCCGGAUAAAAUCAUCUUUCAAGCUUUUCUGUGACUUUGUUUGAGAUUUAGCCCAUUUUUAGGUCAAAACUUGAAUUUUUCUUAUUCGCAGUACGGUUUCUGGCAGGGGCAUUUUUGCACGUAUUUAGUCACUGACAGAGAUCAUUUCUGGCACUAAAACGAUGCUUGCGAAUUUUGAUAGUGUAAUGUCCUAAGUCAUUCCCACUGGGGGCUGGGUCAAUUUGUCAGGGGUGGGGGGGGGGGUCCGUUGAAUUUCCAGGGGGGGGGGAAAAAAUAGAGUCUCUAGAGGUUGGCAUCUCUACCUAAGUAGGGUAGUACAAACUGCGAACAUAGAGAUCAGAUAAACCUUGUAUCAAGUACAGGUUAUUUGGUGUUUUGGAUAGCUGGUUCUCAUAGGAGGUGGUCGCACAUGAAGGUUCGACUGUAUCACAGUUUUCCACUUAUCCUUCUUUACCUAAGACGUAAAUUGAGAAGCACUUUAUUCUUCAGCGUGACAAUAUUGCUUGUUUGCACGUGACGUCACGGCGGCCAUGUUGGGUGGUUAAGAACAAAAGCAUUUCCCUCUUCUGGGUUUCAUGUAAAUCUUCGAGAAAAAAAUUAUAUUGUAUUGGCCCCCAACGUGCCACGUGGUUGCUAACCACGAAUAUCGUUGGCGGAGUGAACAAUGGAGCCAUUUAUACAUAAGACGCGAACUUUCUGUAUAAACGGCACAUUUCGUCUAAAAUAAGUCGCGACUUAGCUAAGACGCGUCUUAUUUUAGAACAGCCCUUAACACCUGUUCUUAGCUAAGACGCGUCUUAGCUAAGACGAGAAAAACUUCGUAUAAAUGACCUUCGCGUCUUCACAUAAGACGCGAACGCAUAGUACGCAUGCGUUAAUUUUUGGCGGGAAAAUUAUCGCUUGCCCCACGGUGGACUGGCAGGCCACUGGCGGGGAAAAAUUGUUUACAAAUUACAACGCGUUUUCGUUUCCUUUUCUAUUCUGCUUUAUUUUUUUCUUCGCUCAAAUACAAUAAGCAUGCCGUUAAAGAUAAAAAGAAACACUUGGUCCAUCGCGGAGGAAAAGAUUUGUUGUUAUUAUGUAAGGAGAAGGCGAUAACAGACCUCCUGGACAAAUGCGUAACAUCUGCUGGUGUAAGCAGACCCUUUUAACUUUAAACUAUCACAAUUUAUAUUUACUAAUCAAAUUGCUGUCUUCGUAUUGUAAACUUACACUUUAAAAGUAAGUUUAAGUAUACAGAAGACUUAGAUAAGACAUGCUCGUAUAAAUGGUCCAGUUCGCGGCUUAUGUAAGACGCGUCUUAUUUUUCCUCGUAUAAAUGGCCCUAAUCGAAUUAACGUUAGCAGGGCUUACAAAAAACGCAAGUUAUACAAUGGGUAGGGAUAUUUGCCCACUAGCCAGUCUAAAUUUUAGGUUAGCAAAAUCCAGGUGAACAUGGUCCUGUGUUUAGCAACAGUUUGUGACUCCCAGUCCCUUUUUAUUUUGGGUGAGUAAUAGCGAGCUUAAGCAGUGACCACGGCGACGGCAAUGAGAACGUCUUCAAAAAGACAAUGAGUUUCGUUAGCAAAACAACAACUCUGCACGUCCAGCACGCUUUUUUGGUGCAUUUUUUUGCCGUCAGUGCUCGACUACAACGUUUCACGUUUUAUGUAGGAAGUAAACAAGCGACCGAACGUGAAUUGGUUCUUGAGAAUUCAACUCCAAGUUUAAGAAAGAAAGUGAGUUGGAUUAAUCGCGAAGAGGAUUGAAAGAACGCGAAUCUCGCCGCUGUCGCCGCAGUCGCCAUCAUCCGAUCUUAAGAUCCCUAAUUUCACCUGUAAAGACAGGUGCUAGUUUAUUUACGUGAUUAUCACUAUUUCUUUUAGCUAUGGAACCUCGAAAGGUAACUCGCUGGGACGUGCAUAAGUACGCUCGACAGGCCUAUGAUUUAGGAGUCAGGUAUAUUGGCGGCUGUUGUGGAUAUGAACCAUACCACAUCCGGGCUAUCGCUGAAGAGGUUGGUAAGUUUUCCAGAUACUUUUACUUAAGUAAGAGUAUAAACCUAGAAUACAGAUUGAUGUUUGCCAAAUAGUCGUUGGCUAAAUCAUUAAUAGAUUGCCCAAGAUAUCAGCCAAAAUGUGCGAUGGCUGAUACGGUUUGCCAAUCAAAACUGAGAUACACUACACACCCUUCCUUCAAAGUUAAGUGGUUGGUCAGGCUCCCCACGGAUUAAAACUGGAAUUCCAUGUAUAGUGUAACCCAUUUCAUCAAUAGAGAUUGUGCCAAAAUCGCUGAAGGUCCCGUGAACAACAAUUUCCUUCUGGUUUGUAUACUGAUUAGUUUUUGUUCAUCGACGUGAUACUUUGCCUUUUAUCGAUAUGAUACCGUGGUUAUUAAAUCAUGGAUAACCCAAUGAUAUGCUAUAACCAGCUGCAAAAAUGUUGAGACACUGACGGAAAAAUCGGCUUUUUUCACUUAAAAUUACUGCUAGUCACUCUCGUAUAUAACAUUUUUCCCUUCCCUCCCGUCCAUUCAACGUUGUUCCUCCAAGUUUUGAGCAUGGUCUUGUAUUGCUAGCAACUUUGAAAAUGGGAGAGGGGGAAUCAUAAACAACAAGUUCAUGGACAGGCCACGUAAGGCCAAAUAAGUUCCAGCCUCUCAAGUAUUUUUAAACUUUACUGGUUUUCCUGUGCCCUGGUAGCAGCUGUAACUCCUUGUUUUCGUUUCAGCUGGCUCCUGAACGAGGCAGGUUACCCGCCGCUAGUGACAAGCACAGUCCCUGGGGAGGAGCACUGAAACAUCACGCGGUCGCUGAAAUCCGAGAAAGGUAAGACCCAGAAGGAACUGAGCAUCACCAGGUACAUACGUCGACCGGAAGUGAGGCCCUUUUCCCUUUUAACCCUUUAAACCCUAAGAUCAAAAUUUGAAUUUUCAAUGUUGCUUUGAUUCGUUUUCUGCAGAAGUAGUGGGGAGAAGUUGAUAAAAUGUCAAGCAAAUUCAUCUUGUGUGAUCAUGUCCGCAAUUCUCAUGACCAUUCUGUUUUACAAAGCAUUGAUAUUACAGGGAGAAAUUUGAUGCUGAUCACUCUUAGGGCUAAAAGGGUUAACAUGCCCAAACGCUAGCAAAAUUGUAUCCGCCAACUGUCUUUACUCUUAUGUAGAUGAAUUACCCGAAAAUUGGGGUAAAACCACUGCCCUAGAAUGAAAAAAGUCCACUUCCGGUUAACGUGCGUCGAUAACCCGUGCUCCGCAUUGCUUGGACGAUGUUUCCAUGUGAUGAACCAUCACCCGGUUAGCAGCGGUCUGCCGAGCGGGGUGCCGCUGGUUCAAACCCCGGCCAGGGCAACUCUCAGGGUCUUUAAAUAACUAAUGCUACAUUAAAACGGGUAACAAAAAACGUGCAACCACCGCUUUACCACCGCCGUUCGAACGUCUUGCAACAAAUGAGGUUUCAAGGAUUUUUUUUAACUUGCGUGGUAAAACGGGCAACCAUGAUGGCUAUUCAACUCAUUUUGCAACAAUGUUGCAAAAUAACUUGCACGUCGUUUGUUGCCCGUUUUACCGUACCUUAAGGAGAAAGUGCUGCCUUUGCAAAGACAUCUGCAAACAUUUAGACUUUCUAAUCUUCUUGGAUAAGGUCGAAAAACCGUUUCCCCAUCUCACAACCACUGUUUUGUUAAAGAUCCAAUGUGCUUAUCAGUGGCCGAUCCUGACCUUCAGAUAGAAGGGGUGGCGGGGGAGGGGGGUGGCGGUCAUCCAGACCCUGAGAUAAGGAGGGGGCCCGGUCUCCAAAAAGUUUUUCCCGGCCCUUCGGGCCUCAGUUUGAUCCACAAAUAAGAGGAGGACGGGGGCCGCCGGGCCGCUCCCCUGGAUCCACCACUGGCUCUUCUUUGUAGGUGACUCUCCCGAGACGACCGUAACUUUGUUCCCAGGGAACGAGGUUGAGACGAAUGGCCUCCAAAACUCGCUCGAAUCACGUGACCCGAAACGCAUCGGCCGAGCGCAAUAAUGAGGCCUAGGAACUAGGCAAGUGGUCUAUCUCAAAUUCAGUUUUACAUAAGGGGGUAUUACUUUAUUAAUGCAAGCUGCGCCACAAGCAAAAGGAUACCUACAAUUUACAGUUUACAGUGUCGGGAACCUGAGCACCUGAUUGGAAGAGGAGAACUACUACGGAUUUGACUGAAGGAUUGUUCGCUUACUCUCAAAAAAUAGACAUCAUGCAAACCUUCAUUGUAGUUAUGAUUCACCAGAAAAGUCAAAAGCACUGUUAUCUUUAUUGAAGGAGGGUUAAGCCCUAUCCAAAUCGCAAAAUGAUGAACCUUCUAACAUUUGAUAACUUGUUUCCGCCACUACCACAUUCUCGCUAAAGCCCGUGGUAGAACGACGACGGCUACCACGUUUUCCCGCCAAAAUGACGCUGAUUCACGCUCGCGAGCACUAUUUAGUGUGAGAAAUCUCGUACUCAUAGUCGUCCUUGUCUGAGAAUCUAAAGAUCUGGAAUGAAAGGAUUAGCACGAUCAAGUUGAGACGAGGCUUUUGAGAGAGGGAUAGAGAGCUGUCUUAGGUAAAAAUUGUGACCCUUUUUUUGCUUAUUUACAGAGCUAAUCGAGCCUACUGGGAAAAUCUGAAACCGGCCAGUGGUCGUCCAUUUUGUCCACCGCUAAGCGGUUCGGGAAGAUUGGGGCUAUUACAGUGACGUCAAGAUCAAAUUUACUUGCUAAUUAUAUUUGAGGUUAGUUAGAAAUGAAUAAUCUUUAUUAGGUAAGUCAUGAAAAAAAUUUAGCCGUUAGAGCUGUUUUUUAACCUUAAAAGUAUUUUUGUCAGUUGUGCACGCUAAUUGCCCUAUCAAAAUUUCUUUUUGUUUAUCAAUUAUUAAGAGGAUAUGAUAGCGACAUCCUGUCCGGUGGA